AUGAAUCAGCAGGGCAUGGGUUUCCUUCUCACUUUCAUUGUCAUGCAUUUUAUUGCAACCUUAGAUACGUCUUUGGGUGCUAGAAAUACAACGGUUUGUUCUGCGCAAGAGAGAAGAGCUCUUCUCAUAUUCAAGGGAAGUGUCACGGAUCAAUUUGGAAUGCUCUCAUCGUGGAUAGGAAAUGAUUGUUGUCAGUGGGAAGGAGUUCGUUGUGAUAUUGUCACCGGUAACGUUGUCGGUCUUAGUCUCAGGGGACAUAAUAUCUGGAAUUCUUACUACUUCCCAGAGUCUUUCCCCAAUGAUGAUGAUUCAUUAGAACGUGAAGACUACUACUACCCACUCGGAAAAGACUGCUACUUAAUUGGCGAUGAGGUGAAUUCUUCCUUGGCGAAGUUGAGGCAUCUGAAGUAUUUGGACUUGAGUGGGAAUGAUUUCAAUAAGGCGAUGAUCCCUAACUUCAUAGGAUCCCUGAAACAGCUUAGUUACCUCAAUCUCUCUAAUGCGGGUUUUGGUCGAAUGAUUCCUCCCCACGUCGGAAAUCUUUCUAAACUGGAAGUUCUUGAUCUCAGUUCCUCAAAACAAGAUCUCUUGGCAGACGACAUGGCAUGGGUUUUUGGCCUUUCAUCGCUCAAGCAUCUUGACUUGAGUGGAGUGUAUCUUCUAAAAGCACAAAUUAAUCUCGACAUGGUAUUUCACAUGAUUCCUUCUUUAAUUAAUGUAAGUUUGAGUCACUGUAGUCUUACUAAUGCUCAUCUUGGUCCUCAUCUCAAUUCAAGUUCAAAACUUCCCAACAUCCGACGCCUAGAUCUUAGCAAGAAUUAUUUCAAAGCGAAAGAACUGCUUGUUUUUCUUCAAAACAUGACUUCCCUCGAAUUCCUUGAUCUUUCAAAUUCUGAUUUUAAUCUUGCGGGGAACCUUGCAAACUUGCUAAACAUGAUCCCAUUUGUAUCCGAGUUGCACAUGUCGCAUUGUCAACUUCAAAACGAGCAUCUAUCCACUACUCAUCUUAAUAUAAGUACCCUUUCUAACAUCCAACACCUGGAUCUUAGCUCGAAUUCAAUUGAAGGACACUUUCCGUCUUUUUUAACAAGCAUGACUUCCCUAAGAGUCCUUAAUAUUCGCAUAAACUUUCUCAAAUCAUCUAUUCCUGUCAUGCCUAAACUUCAAAAGCUUGACAUUUCUAGUAAUUACUUCAUGGACGUCGAGCAUGUUGGAAUUUGGAGACAUUGUCACCUGAAAGAAUUGAGGGUGUCGAAGAACAAUUUAGGAGAAGAAAUUAUCGGUCCAUCAAAAAACAUAUCUGAAUGUUCCCAAUAUGCUUUGGAGGUGUUGCAUUUAGAUCAUAAUCAGUUAAUUGGUUCAAUUCCAAAAUCUAUGACAAGACUGACCAAUUUAAGAGUAUUGGAUCUCUCGUCAAACAGACUGACAGGUUUAAUCCCCGUAUCUCUGGGGAGAUUAUUAGCAUUAGAAGUACUAGAUCUAUCUUCAAACCAAUUAAAUGGGACGAUUCCAAUCACAUUUAGGCAGCUCAGUAAAAUCAACUUUCUAAAUGUGUCUGAUAACAACUUAGAAGGAACAGUUACUGAAGCCCAUUUUGCUAAUCUGUCGAUGUUGAAGUCUUUGGACAUGAGUGAUAACAUCAACGUGAGUUUAUACCUUUUACCUGAUUGGAUGCCUCCAUUCCAGUUGAGAACUAUUCGACUCAAAUCUUGCAAUAUAUGUUGUGAAUUUCCUCGUUGGCUUCAAACUCAAAGUGAGCUUAAGAUGCUAGUAUUGUCUAAUACUACUAUUACAGGACCACUUCCUUCAUGGCUUCUAAAGAUGCCCAUCAUUCCACACUUAGAUCUCUCUCACAACAAACUCCGCGGACCAUUAAUAAAUCUUCCUACCGACCCCCCUUUCAGCGGGUUUCAAGAUAGAUAUAAAGGAUCACUACUUCUGCGGGAUAACCUUUUCAAUGGGACAAUCCCGGAGUUGUUGUGCAGAAGGACAGCUCUGGAAGUUCUUGAACUUUCCGGAAAUAGGUUAGCCGGGGAAAUUCCUAAAUGUCUAAAGAAUCUGAAAAAGUUGCGUGCUAUGGCAUUUAGUUCAAAUGAGCUAUCUGGUGUCAUUCCUGCUUCUAUUGGUGAUAAUUCAUUAUUGUCAUGGUUACAUUUGAAUAACAAUAGUUUUACUGGAGAGUUACCUCAAGAGUUGAGGAAUUUACAAGACCUUUGGAUCUUAGAUUUGGGUGAUAAUAAUAUUUCUGGAAGGAUACCUGAAUGGAUCGCAGAACUUACAGAAUUGAUGGCUCUGAGGUUACAUAAGAAUAACUUCACUGAAAGAAUUCCUUCCUCUUUGUGCAAUAUACCAUGUCUCCAAAUUUUGGAUGUUGGCCAAAACAGCUUAAGUGGACUCAUCCCUGGUUGUCUCGGAAGACUUCCAGGGAUGAUAAAUGCUCAAAACUGUCGUCAUCAUAUCUAUUCUGAAGAAAAAUUGAUGCAGGGUGUGAAAAGAAUUAUAAGCACCUAUUCAAGUAUAUUGCUGUUUCUGUCUAGCAUUGACCUUUCAAGCAAUCAACUGGUUGGACAGAUACCUGAAGAGCUAACAGCUCUUUCUGUGUUAUCAAAUCUCAAUUUGUCUAGUAAUUAUCUAAGUGGGAGUAUUCCAGAUAAUAUUGAAAACUUGAAGAGUUUGGAGUCUCUUGAUUUCUCAGACAACGAGUUGACCGGGAUGAUCCCUCAAAGCCUGUCUAAAUUGGUGUUUUUGGGCUAUCUGAAUAUGUCACACAACAACUUGUCAGGACCAAUUCCAACAGGGCCUCAAUUGCAGACCUUCAAUGAAUCAUCAUACGCUGAUAACGGAGAUCUAUGUGGUAUUCCACUGCCAAAGACUUGUCCCACAACAACCAAAAACUAUGACCAAAAAGUUGAUCAGCCAAAGAAGAAGGCAUGGUUUCAUCAGUGGGACAUAAUGUCAGGUUUUGCAACAGGUUUUUGUGGGGUUAUUGGAGUUCUGUUGAUCAACAAGACUUGGAGACGAGAGUUUUACAGGUUUGCCGACUUAAUCAUGGACCAGAUAUAUGUUGCGGUGGCAAUAAAAGUGAACAAGAUAAAGAGACGAAGAGAAGCCGCCGCCUAG